AGCCGGGCUGCUCCGAGCAGGCAGGCGCAGCCUCUAGAUGGUGCAGUCAUGCAGCCGAGCUGAGCAUGUGUGCAGCGAAGGGCGCUGCGCAACAGGUUGGCGUAGCUCAGCGGGGAGACGCGCUCCCAUCCUCGCUGCGGCGGAGCGGGAAGGACUUUCCAGCAUCCUGGCGAGAAAUCCGCGCCGCAACAGGCCCGGAAGGCGGUAUUUUUUUUCCGUUUGGUUUUCAUCCGUGGAUAACGCUCGAGAGGAGCCGGGGGGGUGGGGGGAGCGCGGUCCCGGCGGGAAGGAGGCGAUGGAGACGCCGCGGGACCAGCGCGCAGGGGCUCGGCACGGAGCGCAGCGCCGGCACCAUCCAACUCUCCUGCAGCGCAGGAUGAACCCGCUGGCAUCUUGCCUGGGCCUGUGGCUCCUCUGCCAGCUCCCUGCCCUGGCCUCGGGGACACGUGCAGUCUACAAAGUGCAGGAGGAGCAGCCCCCCAACACCCUCAUAGGGAGCCUGGCCUCCGACUAUGGCUUACCGGACAUGGGGCACCUCUACAAGCUGGAAGUGGGGGCCCCAUAUCUCCGUGUGGAUGGCAAGACUGGGGACAUCUACACCACAGAGACCUCCAUCGACCGGGAGAGCCUGAGGGAGUGCCAGCACCUCCUGCCCGGAGAGCCCUGCUUCCUGGAGUUCGAGGUGUCCAUCACUAACCUGAAUGCCAACAGCAGCCCACGCCUGCUGGAGGGGCAGAUCGAGGUGCUCGAUAUCAAUGACAACACCCCCAACUUCGCCUCACCUGUCCUCACCCUCUCCAUCCCUGAAAACACCAACGUCGGGACGCUCUUCCCCAUCCCCCUGGCCAUGGACCGGGACUCGGGCCCCAACGGCGUUGCCUCCUAUGAGCUGAUGGCUGGUCCGGAGGCGCAGGAGCUCUUUGGGCUGCAGGUGGCCGAGGACCAGGAUGAGAAGCAGCCUCAGCUGAUCGUCAUGGGGAACCUGGACCGGGAGCAGUGGGACUCCUACGAUCUGACCAUCAAGGUGCAGGAUGGGGGGAACCCCCCACGGGCGAGCAGUGCCCUGCUCCGCAUCACCAUCCUGGACAUGAACGACAACGCGCCCAAGUUCGAGAAGGCCCUGUACGAGGCAGAGCUCUCCGAAAACAGCCCUGUGGGGCACUCCGUCCUCCAGGUGAAAGCCAAUGAUUCGGACCAGGGCGCCAACGCCGAGAUCGACUACUCCUUCCACCAGGCCUCGGACAUGGUGCGGCGGCUGCUGCGCCUGGAUCGAGCCACGGGGCUCAUCACCGUGCAGGGCCCCAUCGACCGCGAGGACAUCGGCACCCUCAAGUUCUCCGUCAUGGCCAAGGACAAGGGCGCCAACCCCAAGAGCGCCCGCACACAGGUGGUGGUCACCAUCAAGGACAUGAACGAUAACGCGCCCUCCAUAGAGAUCCGGGGCAUAGGGUUGGUCACCCACCAGGAUGGCAUGGCCAACAUCUCAGAGGAUGUGCCAGUAGAGACAGCAGUGGCUCUGGUGCAGGUGUCUGACCGAGAUGAGGGUGAAAACGCUGUGGUGACCUGCGUGGUGGCCGGUGACGUCCCAUUCCAGCUGCGCCAGGCCAGUGAGACAGGGAGUGACAGCAAGAAGAAAUACUUCCUGCAGACCACCACGCCACUGGACUACGAGUCGGUGAAGGAGUACACGAUUGAGAUUGUGGCUGUGGACUCGGGGAAUCCGCCCCUCUCCAGCACCAACUCCUUGAAGGUGCAGGUGAUGGACGUCAAUGACAAUGCCCCUGUCUUCAGCCAAAGCUUCACUGAGGUGGCUUUCCCUGAGAACAACGAGCCUGAUGAGCUGGUCAUGGAGGUGAGUGCCACUGAUGCUGACAGCGGCUCCAAUGCCAAGCUGGUUUAUUCCCUGGUGACAGACCCCUCCUCCAAGGGCUCCUUCACCAUUGACCCUGACUCCGGGGAGAUCCGGGUGAAGGCGGUGCUGGACCGAGAGCAGCGGGAACGCUACGAGUUCUUGGUGGUGGCGGAAGAUAAAGGCAGCCCCAGCAAGCAGGGCACAGCGUCUGUGGCCAUCAACGUCAUGGACAGGAAUGACAACGACCCCAAGUUCAUGCUGAGCGGCUACAACUUCUCAGUGAUGGAGAAUAUGCCGCCCCUCAGCCCCGUGGGCAUGGUGACGGUCAUCGAUGCUGACAAAGGAGAAAAUGCCCGGAUCCAGCUGUCAGUGGAGCAAGACAACGGGGAUUUUGUCAUCCAAAAUGGCACUGGCACCAUCCUCUCCAGCAUCUCUUUCGACCGGGAGCAGCAGAGUACCUACACCUUCCGACUCAAGGCAGUAGACGGUGGGGAUCCCCCCAGGUCUGCCUACGUGGGGGUGACCAUCAACGUCUUGGAUGAGAAUGACAAUGCCCCCUUCAUCACUUCCCCCUCCAACGCCACCUACAAGCACAUCCUGCCCCACACCAGCCCCGGCCAGCAAGUGAGCAAGGUCAAGGCGGAGGACAUCGACUCGGGCAUCAACGCCGAGCUGAUCUACAGCAUCACAGGAGGAAACCCCUUCGAGCUCUUCCAGAUCUCCCCGCAGAGCGGUGACAUCACUCUGGAGAAGGAGAUCCUGCGCAAGCACCACGGCCUGCACCGCCUGGUUGUGCGUGUCAACGACAAGGGCAAGCCCUCGCGGCACGGCACGGCUCUGGUGCACUUCUAUGUCAAUGAGACACUGGCUAACCGCACGCUGCUGGACACGCUGGUGGGGCACAGCCUGGACACCCCACUGGACAUCGACAUUGCUGGUGACCCCGAGUACGAGCGCAGCAAGCAGCGGAGCAACAUCCUCUUCGGGGUCAUCGCUGGCAUCGUGGCUGUCACCCUGGUCAUCGUGCUGGUGGUCCUGGUGCGCUACUGCCGGCAGCGCGAGGCCAAGAGUGGCUACCAGGCGGGCAAGAAGGAGACCAAGGACCUGUAUGCACCCAAGCAGGCCAGCAAGAGCGGGAAGAGCAAGAACAAGGUGAAGAAGAGCAAGUCUCCCAAGCCACCCAAGCCCACGGAGGAUGAGGAGGAGACGGGGCUGCAGAAAUCGCUCAAGUUCAACCUCAUGAACGACUCUGUCAGCGACAGCCCCCGGAUCCACCUGCCCCUGAACUACCCCCCGGGCAGCCCGGACCUGGGCCGCCACUACCGCUCCAACUCGCCGCUGCCCUCCAUCCAGCUGCAGCCUCAGUCACCCUCAGCCUCCAAGAAGCACCAAGUGGUGCAGGACCUGCCGGCCACCAACACCUUUGUUGGCACCGGGGACAACAACUCGACGGGCUCCGAGCAGUACUCGGACUACAGCUACCGCACCAACCCCCAGAAAUACACCAACAAGCAGUUACCUCAUCGCCGAGUGACGUUCUCUGCAGCCAGCCAGGCUCAGGACCUGCAGGACCCCUCCCAGCACAGCUACUACGACAGCGGGCUGGAGGAAUCCGAGACCCCCAGCAGCAAAUCUUCAUCGGGGCCCCGCAUCGGGCCCCUGGCCCUGCCCGAGGACCACUACGAGCGCACCACGCCCGAUGGCAGCAUUGGGGAGAUGGAGCACCCCGAGAACGAUCUCCGGCCUCUGCCCGAUGUAGCCAUGACUGGGACCUGCACCCGGGAGUGCACAGAGUUCGGCCACUCCGACACCUGCUGGAUGCCUGGCCAGUCCUCCCCCAGCCGCAGGCCCAAGAACGCCCUCAAACUCUCCACUUUUGUGCCUUACCAAGACAGAGGGAGUCAAGAGCAAGUCGGGAACGGCAGCCCCAGACUGUCGGAAGAGCGCAGCACCAAAAUGGCCAACCUCCGCCUGCUCCCCACGUACAGUGCCUUCUCCAAUAGUAGCCAUGAGCCCUGCAAGGACUCUCCCAUGGAGGAAAUUCCUCUCACCCAGACCUCGGACUUCCAGCCAGCCACCACCCCCUCGGCCCAGACCACCAAGAGGGAGAUCUACCUGUGAGGCUGGGCGCGAGGGGCAGGGAGCUGAGGCCAGAGGAACAUUUUCCACUUCGAUGCUUUAUGGCUCCUGCCGCUUCUCCAGGCAGGGGGCUCUGCGGGGAGCAGGGCAGGGCGAGGCAGGGAUGAGAGGAGCGCCUUUUUAACCCCCUGUUGCCCGGGGCUGGGGGUGGGUGGGGAGGGUGAAAAGCAUCCCGACCCCGAUUGCCGAGCAUCCCGAACUGCUGCCGGGGAGGGCUGGGCAGGCUCCUGGUGCGGAGGGCACGGAGAAGGGAGAGAAGGGCUUACGUACCAAAGGUCCACGCAGAGCUGGUGGAGUUCCUGGGGCAUAGGACGAGGAGUGUCCCCGAGCACGGGGAGCCAGCUGCCUGUCUCUUUGCUGUAGACUCCUGUAAAUACGAAUCUUAUAGGAAUGACAUUCAAGUCCUGCCUGAUCGCAACUUUUUAUUGUCCUUGAAACAAACAAAAAAAGAGAGACAUUUAAAGAGAAAACAAAACAAAACGAGAAAAAAAAAAAAAGAAGCAGACAAAAAAAAAAAGAGGAAAAACAAAACAAAAAAAAAAGAGAAAAAAAAUAACAAACCACAGGGAGCAAGUUCCAGCUUUUAAUGGUUUCCUGCGUGGAAGAGCCCCUGGGAGCGCAGCAUCCGGCCCGCACUCGUGUUCUAUAUUGUAAAUAGAGAUGUGAUCAGUCCCUGAAACAGCAGCUGGGGAGCUGGAGAAGAGGGGCAGCAUCCUGGCCGGACUGUAGGGACUUAGCCGUUUUUCAGCCUGGAUCUCUUUCUGAACGUUGUCACUGUGCCCACAAGCUGCAGGGUCCCUAGGGACUGCCCGGUGCCAUAGGUGGGGGCUGCUUUGGGGGUGGGGGAGGGGGUCCCCGGUGGUGGCCCUGCGCCUGGCGGGUGGAGGAGGGGUGGGGAAGCCCCCAGAGAAGGGACCGGCUGGGUCCGGGGAGGGGAUGUCCCCAGGAAGGGACCGGCUGGGUCCGGAGAAGCCCUCAGUCCGCCUCUGCCGGCAGGGAGGUCGCCAGUGGCUCUGGCUCUCAGCCCAUCGCCUCGGGCCUCCUCGGGGCAGGGGAUGCCCACGAGGCCAGGCUGUGCCGUGCCCUCGACCUCCGUCCCAUCCGCCUGUAAAGCCACCAUUGCCUUUGUGAGGAGGAGCUUUGUCUCAGGGUCACACCGGGGGCCGCCGAGCCCCUGCCCGCUGGACUCCGCUGCCCUUAGGCCACAGGGCCACUCUCACGGGGUCCAGCUUUCUCUUCCAUUGUCAAAGGUCCACCGGUCUCCCCGGCAGGUUCCUGCUGCCCCGGCGUCCUCAGCUGCCGUGCAGGGUCAGAGGAGCCCCAGCCCCUUACAGGGCUUCCUGAGGGGGCCCCUGGCUCUGUCGCUGCUCCCUUGGCAGCCGGGGCACAGCUCCGGUUUUGGGGUGCACCCCUGGCCGGAGGGGUCCGGGCGACUCGCGCCUCAUUCCUGGGUAGCCCUUCCCCUCCGGGCCGCGGGAGGGGCCGUGCUGCACCCUUGUGCUUCCCGUCUGCAGCUCUGGCACCUUCCCGAGGGAGCGAGGCCGCCAGGACGGCUCUCCUGUGGUGAGCAAGGGCCCGGUCCGUGCCCGCGGAGCUGGCACGGAGCUCCGCCAGGCUCCGGGGCCACAGGGACCCCGCAGGGCUGGGGCAGGGCCUGCCCUGCCAUAGCUGUAGUGCCUGUCGGGACCCCCUGCCCAGCCUCUCCCCCCCAGCACCCCGCUCUGAGCAGCUCCUCUCCCCUCCAUGGGGACGCAGCCACCUCCCCGCGCGGCUCCCUGAGGGGACACGGUGCCAGCCGAGCCCGGGCCACAGGGGAAGGGCGGCAGAAGGCGCCUGCUCGCACCUGCUGUCCCGUGCCCCUCAUGCCCCUCGUGUCCCUCGUGCCCCAGCCCUGCCUUCCCCGGGUGGCACCGCUGCCACCCCGCAUGGCCCGCGGCCCCGGCCCCGGCGGUGCCUGCCGGAGGAGGCAGGACCCUCCUCUGGCCUCCCGCUGCUGCUCCCGCCCGGCCGGGCCCGGAGCGGCCGGGUGCUCCCGCUGGGGGUCCGGCCGGGAUUCCUGCUCUGCCCCACAGGGCCGCGUUUCCCCGCUCUGGCUGCCUGAGCAGGUGCCGCUCCUGACCUUGUUUUUAUUGUAGCUCUGUAGUUUCAGGGCCAAACUGGGCAGAAUGUGCAAUUUGGCCGCACUGGCCACGAUCUUUGACUUCACUGCCAACUCGGCUGCUCACGCCUCCCCUGGGCCCAGGCAGUGGCAGUGUCCAGUGCCCCCUCUCGGGGACCCCCGGGGAGCCACAUCCGAGGGGGGCUUGUCCAAGACCACCUCAUCCCGGCGGGGGGGCUCCCUACCUUGUGCUGGGGUCUCCAGAGGGAUCCCGAGGCUGGAAUUCCCGUGGCUGGAAUUGCUGUGCUGUCUCCUGGAGCACCUGGCGAGGUCCUCAGUGCGAGCACGGUGCGGAGGGAGGGGGGAGUGCAGGGGGGUCCACGGGGAUGGGGUGGGGAUGGGUUUGGGGGUGGCUGAGGCCUGUGGGGGUGCACAGAGGGCUGCUGGGGGUUUGGAGGGGAGCACGGUGGGGCCAGGGCUGGGUGUCUGGGGGUGCACAGGGCUUGGGGGGCUCGGGGCACCGGGUGGGUGUGUGGGGAAGGCCAGAGAGGGGCUUGGGAGACCGGGGCCUCAGCGGGGUGCAGGGGGAUGGGUCCCUGGGGAGGAGAGGGUGCCGGCCAUCAGUCCUGGGAGAGGGGUUUGAGGGGAUUUGUCGCGGGGGGAAGCUGCCAGUGUCGCUGGGGAUCAGUCCUGGGGGAGGGCGAGGAAGAGGUGCUGUGGGAAGAAGCUCAUUUGCACAAUUAUAAGCCAGAAGGAUAAAGCCUCUGUGCACGUGGGGGGAGGACAGCUCCCCACGGGCUCCAGUCCAGACAAGCACAGGGAGGAGGAGGGUUCACUGUAUCUCACACUGCACUAGGACAAGCCAGGGGGAAAACCAAAGGUGGGAGCCAGGGAGCAGGCGGGCUGCGUGGGAAGGAUCUAAGCGACCCCUUUGUAGCUCUUCAGUGUUGGUUCUAUUUAUACGAGAUUUCAUUUCCUUGCUUGUGAUGCCUUGUUUUUUGUACAGUUUUAUGUACAUGCAGGUGUAGCUUUUCUAAAGGAGAAAUCCUAUGGCAGAGUAAAGUCCCCCCACUAUUUUUCAGAUGGUGCCCUAUGUCUAAGGCGACGCCUCUUGCUAAGGUUGUACUGCUCAAUGUGUGAUGCAUUUCCCUGUGCGGGGAAGCCUUUGGGCCUUGGGCUUGGUUUUCCCCGGGCGCUGUGAGCACAAUUGAUUCCCUUGUAACUCUUUCUGUUCGGAGCCGUGAGCAUGACACCGUCGUGAUGCCCCUUUCUUUCCGUUCUCCCCUGUUCCGUUCGUUUGCUGAGCUGUCAAGAUGACCAACUCCAUUGUAAUUAGCCCUUCCUAAAGCUUUACAAUAAAAGUGUGAAAACCCG